GUUUCCUGCUGUUUGCUGCCUCCAAUUCCCGGAGUCUGGAACUUCCGACCACCGAUCACAUUGUAAAUGCCUCCGGUGCCCCCGACAUCUGACCCAAUCAGGUCGCAGUGAGUCGCCGGAAGGAUGAGUAAGUGUGAUUGACUAUGGGGACACAAAAAGAUCAAAAGGAGGCAUUGUCUUCAAAGACUGUUCUGCAGAAUUAUUCAUCUCAUAUGAGGUCACAUGAGAUUUUAAGCCUCUGGCCCUAGACAUUGGAGAGAGAGAAGGUACUCCGAAAUGAUGCCCUGCAGGUUGCAGUGGAACCUUGUCCUACUAAACUUCAUGACAUGUGGCCUUGAAAUUUGUGUGGCAGCUGGGAUCACAUAUGUCCCCCCAUUACUGUUGGAGGCUGGGGUGAAAGAGCAGUACAUGACUAUGGUUUUGGGUAUUGGACCUGUCCUUGGACUAAUCUUUGUGCCAUUGAUUGGAUCAGCUAGUGACAAUUGCCAAAGUAACUAUGGUGGAAGACGACCAUUCAUCUGGCUGCUAUCUCUUGGUGUCCUCCUGUCACUCUUUAUCAUUCCUCAUGCAGACUCUUUGGCAUCCUACCUCUCCUAUGGUGGGAAUCAUAUCCAUAUUUUCUUCCUAAUUUUCGGCGUAGGAUUGUUGGACUGUUGUGCACAAGUCUGCUUUACUCCACUGGAAGCUCUUCUGUCCGACCUUUAUCAUGAUGAUGAAGGUUGUGGUCAAGCCUUUGCCAUGUUCUCAUUAAUGAUCAGCGUUGGUGGUUGUAUUGGAUAUUUAUUGACCUCAUUCAACUGGAAUUGUACAUACUUUUCUCUUUACCUUGGUGGCCAAGACGAGUGCCUGUUUUUAUUAUUGACUGUUAUAUUUGUAAUAACUGUCCUUGUAACAAUGAAGACGGCAGAAGAACAUGGCCAAGGCCAACAAGCUCUUGACCGUAAACCUUCUGUGACCUCUAUAUCCUUCACCAGAGGAUGUUGCAUACCAAAAUGGAAAUUACGUUCUUGGAAAUGUAACCCAAUUUUUUGCUUGUUGAGCCUUUGCUGGUCUGUUACCCCCAGGAUUUAUCACAGCUACUGUCUCAUCCCAGCUGUUAUAAAACAACUGUGUGCUGCCCAGUUAUGUAGCUGGAUGGCUGUUAUGUCUUUCAUGCUGUUCUACACAGAUUUUGUCGGUGAAGGAUUAUACAAAGGUAUUCCAAGUGCCGCUCCCGGAACAGAGUCAAGAAUUCGAUAUGACGAAGGAAUCCGCAUGGGAAGUCUUGGUCUCUUCCUCCAGUGUGCAACAUCGACCUUCUUCUCCAUGAUCAUCAACAAACUUGCUAAGCAGUAUGGUUCCCGGAAAGUGUAUCUCUCCAGCAUGAUCACAUUCACCUCUUCUGCCUUGGUUAUAUGCCUGUCACAGAACAUCAUCAUAGUGACCAUCAUGUCUUCGUUAACUGGAUUUGCAUAUGCUACACUACAGACACUCCCAUACACGUUAAUAUGUCUCUAUCACAAGGAAAAAGAAAUAUUUAUGCCAAGACCCGCACUGCCAAACAUCCGGAAUGAAAAAAUCCUCACCAAAGAAGCUGUGCACUUUUCACCCAAUAUACCAAGCAGCUACCAAAAUGGAACUCAUAAACAAAAAGGACACACCAAUGAAGAAACAAUAUAUAUCACUCAAGAGCUGGAUACAUAUGUUCCUCCUGAAGACCAUCCCUACUACCCAAUAGACAAUAAUAACCAGGUGGUCAACACAGACGAUAAACCUCUUAAAGACGUUUAUGCAAAGAGAGGGAUUGGCCUUGACUUUGCGACUCUUGACAGCACAUUCCUCCUGUCUCAGGUCUUUCCAUCCCUCUUCAUGGGAAUGUUUGUACAAUUGAUGGAAAAUGUUACAGUCUACAUUGCCUCAUCCGUUGUUUUUGGAGUAUUUGCCAUAUAUUUAGCAAACCGUGUUGUUUUCGACCAAAAAGACUUACGAACAUAAAAAUAUAUUAUCUUGAUAGUAGAAAAGGCGAGGAUGAAAACUUGUUUACAGUGUUCACGUUUACAGCCAUAAAUGUUUCUCUGUAGUUUUUGCCUUUUCACUUUUCCUUUUCACUUUCCUUUUCACUUUCCUUUUUACUCUUAUCUUUCUCCCUUUGUUUUCUCCCUGUCCUUAUUUGUUUUUUUCCCUUUUCCUUU